AAGAAUGUUUCGUUUCUGCAACCAAAACGAAUCACUGUUUUCUUAAAUUACUAGCUUAUGUAUAAGCUAUGUUUGAAAUUGGUGCACGGGAUGAGUAACCGGAAGUAAUUGUAAUUAAAUCAAAUCAAGUUUGUCAGUCGAUAAGUUGGUGAAUCAGUAAAUUGUGAAUCGAAUUUGAUAAUACUUUACCAACAACUAAAGGACUUUCUCGACGAUUAUCAUUGAGAAUUUGUUUAUCUUUAAAUCAUGAAACGGUGUUUUAAUAUUAUCGUACCAUUAUACUUCAUGUGAUAUACUUUCACGUAAGCAUCUAGCGUUUACUUGAGAAUAAGUAGUACAGUUUAAAAUUGAUCAGCCAAAUCCGGUUUAAUCGGGUAAACGGACGCGUCGCGACUAUUUCAUUUGUUACAUUCCAACGUAACAUUAAUUAGAGUAAAGAGGAAAAUGCAACACGAAGAAGAUAUUUGUAAAUCUACUCUGGUAUCUUACAAUGAGACUCCAGAAAAAGCACAAGGGACGCCACGAGAUAGGGGCUCCGACAGAAGAGAGAUGAUGAGAUCGCGUUCGCAAGAAUUUAAACGCAGAAUUCAUUAUACUCCUCACAAUAAUCCUGACGAGUACCAAGUUACGCCACAAAGCAGCGGAUCGUCGAAGAAUGAUGCGAAGUUGCAAACUGAAAUUUCUUCCGCUAAACGUAAAUCUCAACAAUCUCACAACGAGACUCUGGACAAGGUUCAGAAAACCUGUUCGAGUGGUAAAUUCGUCGACACAUUGAUAGCGCAAUGGUCAAAGCAUAUGGGAGUCCAGCCUCCUCAAUUUCUGACGGCCGAAAAUCCGCUCGUGGAAGAAUUGAAACGGAAAUGCGCCAUGGAGGAACGAAAGGUUCAAGUGCUGCAUAGGAAACUGAUGAGCGCGGAGGCGACUGUAUCCUCGCUUUCAACUGCGCGUGAUGCUGAAAUACAAGCUAAAGAGGAAAUAUUGAGCAAUUUGAGUAGCGACUGGGAAACGAUUACUGUAUAUUUAAACGAGAUCUCGGAGAGUUUGAAGGGAUUUCAACAGCACAAAGACAAUUUGUCCUCGAUGUACAACGACACUAUUCUUAUGCAACAUGCAGCGAUGAAGAAGUUGAAAGAGGAAUUAAAUAAUAUUAAAUUAAAAGAAGAGGAACAAAGGAACAUCGUUGCUGCGGCUGAAAGUAAAGUUGCGAAUCAAGAAAAAAUAAUACAGGAAUUGACGGCUAAGGAGACUGAAUUGAAGAAAGAAUGGGAGGAUGUCGCAAGCGAAGCAAUUUCGGAAAAGAAUCGUUUAAAUCAGAUUUAUACGGAAGAAAAAUUGCAAUUAAUAAAGGAACAAGAAAAACUCACGUCGGCGAACGAAGAAUUACAACUACAAUUAAAAUUGAUCACAGAAGAAAAGCAAUAUUUAACAGACUUAUUUGAACGAAAAGAAAAAGAACUUUCGAAAUUACAAGAAGAGAUUCUUGCAUGCAAGAAUGAAAACGAGAAUUUGGCACGUCAGAAUACAGAAUUAAAUGUAAGAUAUGAGAAAAUAAUUGAAAAAGAAGCGGAAUUGAGAAAACAAUUAGAAUCAAAAGUGAACGAUGUCGAUCGACUUCGAGAAAAUUUAAAUGCGAGGCAAGAAAUAGAAUCGAGUUUAGCUAAAGACCUUGAUGUGAUUGGAGAUAAAUAUAACAAAAUGCUAAAUGAUUUUAUAAGCAUGGAAAAUAAAUUAAAAGAAGCCGAUGCUUAUAAUUCAAAUCUUGAGAGAUCCAUGCUGGAGAUGAAAAACAAUAACGAAAUCUUAAAGCACGAGAAAGAAAAGAUACUUCUAAUAAAACAGACAAAGAUUCAGGAUUUAGAGAAAUCAAAUAGAUUAUUACAAGAAAAGUACGAUAAGGAAAUAAGUGUUUUGAAGAAAGACUUCGAUACCAAACUAGCUACACAAAGUUCUGCUUUUCUAAAACUAAGUGAAACCUUAAACAAAAUGACUCAAGAAAAUCAGAAUAAACCAGCGGAAUAUGAUAAUACGAAGGAAAAUGAAAAUAAUGUGAAGGGAACGGAGCGAUCAAUUACGGAAGUUAAUAUGAUAGAUGCAAGUAGAAUGUAUGGUAUAGGAAGUCAAAGAAAAACAAAUCCAAUUUCUGAAACAAAGCAGCCAAAAUUUCAAAGUGAACAAAAUAUUGGUACACAAAAGAUUGAACAUAAAGAUAAAGGUGAAACAUUGAAUCGGAAAGAAAAAGAUGAAUACAAUUUUAAUCUGAAUGAAGUUAGUAGGAAGUUUGAUAAAGUAUUAUCACCGUUGAAACAAGGAAAAAGGGAAAAACACGAUUUGACUAAGGUUUCCAAUUCCACAGGAAAUUACCUUUCUUCUGAUCGAAGUGCAAAUACAAUGCAAUCAAGUGAAGCAUCACAGGUUAACCGACAGGAGGAUGGCGAGGAGUUUACGACACAGAAGAAAAAAAUUUUUAAAACACGUAAUAUUGGCUUGAGGCAAUAUGGAGUUAUACGAAAAACAUAUAAAAAGUGAAGUUCCCUGGAUAAUAUUACGAAUAUGUAUAUUAAUUUUUAAAAAACA